AUGGUAUGUGUCCCUAGUGUGUGUACGCCACGUCAGAGGAAGGAAUCGACCAAUCAGCGAAGACCACGUGAGUCGGUUUGUCUGUCGCGUAUCGGCCGGGGUCCAUCGCCUGAAAGCACAGAGACACGGCAUUUCUCUCUUGGCUCUCACAACGUUGUGUUUGCCAGACUGACGCGUCGAUUGAUCAUGGAGGCUACCUCGCCUCUUUUGCUUCUUACCCUUCUUCUGUGCUGCUUUAGCUUUACCAAUUCCCAGGUUGUGGAUCUUGACCCUAGUAACUUCAAAUCUAAAGUCUUGGACAGUGAUGAACUUUGGAUUGUUAUGUUCUAUGCACCAUGGUGUGGACAUUGUCAAUCAUUCAAACCAGAAUAUUUCAAAGCAGCUAAAGUUAUGACGGGUAUUGUAAAACUUGGUUAUUUGGAUGCUGAUAACCAUAAAAGCUUAGCUGGCGAAUACAGCAUUCAGGGUUUCCCAACAGUGAAAAUAUUUGCAAGCAACAAACAAAGGCCAGAAGACUAUAAUGGCCCCAGAACUGUGGAUGGUCUUGUGGAAGCUGCUAAGAAACACAUUUCUUCUAUGCUGAGUCAAAGGUUGCAUGGUGGUGGUGGAGGUGGUGGCAGCAGUGGAGGAGGCAGAAAGACUGGUAAUGCAAAAGAUGUUAUUGAACUGACAGAUUCCAACUUUGAAGAACUUGUCUUGAACAGUGAAGAUAUUUGGCUGGUGGAAUUCUUUGCUCCAUGGUGUGGUCACUGUAAGAAUCUAGCCCCUCACUGGCAGAGUGCAGCUACAGAACUGAAAAAUAAGGUCAAACUUGGUGCUCUUGAUGCAACUGUACACCAAGUCAUAUCUAACCGAUAUGGUAUUCGUGGCUUUCCUACCAUCAAAUACUUCCCUGGAGGCAAAAAAGAUGGCAGCGCUGAAGAAUAUGAUGGCGGCCGAACCUCAGCCGACAUUGUGAAUUGGGCUAUGGAAAAGGUAGCAGAGAACAUACCUCCUCCUCCUGUCAAUGAGAUUGUUGAUGAAAAUGUCCUGAAAGAAGCAUGUGAAAAAAGCCAAUUGUGUGUGAUUUCAAUUUUACCCGUCAUCUAUGAUUGCCAAGCAGAAUGCAGAAAUAAAUUCAUUUCUCUAAUCCAGUCCAUGGGUGAGAAAUACAAACGAAGAAUGUGGGGCUGGGUUUGGGCUGAAGCUGGUGCUCAACCACAUCUAGAAGAAGCAUUUGGAAUUGGUGGCUUUGGUUACCCAGCAAUGGCUGCUCUGAAUUAUCGCAGCAUGAAAUAUUCUCCACUUAAAGGUUCUUUCAGUGAACAAGGAUUAGCUGACUUCUUCAGGGAAUUGCUCUAUGGUAAAUCUUCAACUGUGCCCCUGAAAAAUGCCAAAUUACCUACGAUAGAAAAAAUAGAAAUGUGGGAUGGAAAAGACAAGGAGUUACCAACAGAAGAAGAUAUUGAUCUCAGUGAUGUUGAGUUGGAAGAUCUUGACAAUGUUAAGACAGAAUUGUGA